AAAGCGAGAACAGAAGAGGGCGAAAAAUCCAGCGAGAGCCAGACUGAGCUUCCUGACCCCAGCGCCUUUUUUCUGCGGGAAGUUGUCUCCGGGGCGCUCCGCCGUGCACGGAGAGGAGGAGAUCUCUGUGUGUUGUUGUUUUUUUUUUUCCUGCACAACUGCACCGAAUCUGCACGACCGGGCGGCUCAAGUUUUUCUCGCUUCAACGACCCCGUUUUGUUGAGUUUUAUUGGAGAGCAGCACCACACCACGUCGUGCCGCACGGGGAGGAGAGAGGGCAGAAGUUUCCGCUGGCUUGUUUUGUCGCUGCGGGGCUGGUGAAUCCGCAGGAAUGUCGCAGAAGGAGAGACCCACUUUCUACCGACAGGAGCUCAACAAAACCGUGUGGGAGGUACCGGAGCGCUACCAGCACUUAGCUCCCGUCGGCUCCGGCGCUUACGGAUCCGUAUGUUCAGCGUUUGAUGUAAAGAGCGGCCUGAAGGUAGCAGUGAAGAAGUUGUCCAGACCCUUCCAGUCCAUCAUCCAUGCGAAGAGAACCUACAGAGAGCUGCGGCUGCUCAAACACAUGAAGCAUGAGAACGUGAUUGGUCUAUUAGAUGUUUUCACACCGGCCACAAGUUUAGAGGAAUUCAAUGAUGUGUACUUGGUGACGCACCUAAUGGGCGCAGACCUCAACAACAUCGUAAAGUGUCAGAAGCUAACUGAUGACCACGUCCAAUUCCUCAUCUACCAGAUCCUCAGAGGCUUAAAGUACAUCCACUCUGCAGAUAUCAUCCAUAGAGAUUUGAAGCCUAGUAAUCUGGCUGUGAAUGAAGACUGUGAGCUCAAGAUUCUGGACUUUGGUUUGGCGCGGCACACAGACGAUGAAAUGACAGGAUACGUAGCCACCCGAUGGUACCGGGCCCCGGAGAUCAUGCUCAACUGGAUGCACUACAACAUGACCGUGGAUAUCUGGUCGGUGGGCUGCAUUAUGGCCGAGCUACUCACGGGACGGACGCUCUUCCCUGGCACAGACCAUAUAAACCAGCUGCAGCAGAUAAUGCGCCUGACGGGAACGCCCCCAGCCUCCCUCAUAAGCAGGAUGCCCAGCCAUGAGGCCAGGAACUACAUCAACUCACUUCCCCACAUGCCCAAGAGGAACUUUGCCGAUGUGUUUAUUGGUGCCAACCCUCUUGCGGUGGACUUGCUGGAAAAAAUGUUGGUGCUGGACACAGACAAGCGGAUCACAGCGUCUGAAGCUCUGGCCCACCAUUACUUUUCUCAGUACCACGAUCCAGAUGACGAGCCUGAAGCAGAGCCUUACGACCAGAGCUUUGAAAGCCGUGAGCUUGAAAUUGAGGAGUGGAAGAGCUUAACCUACGAAGAGGUACUGAGCUUUGUGCCGCCGUCGUUCGAUGGAGACGAGAUGGAAUCAUGAGGAGGAAGCCCCCUUACUUCCAUCUUUUGUUUUCAAAGAAACACUCUUUAAGAACUAUCAGUCUCAUGUGACUAUCCACCACUUUCCUCACACACGCGCACAACCAUGACAUUCAAGUGCCUGCCAUCAUUCAUAUCUGGGGGACGUUGCGAUAUCAGGGAAAAAAAAACUUGACAUCCUGUUCAUACCGUCCCCCGCUUUGCUGUUUUUUGUUACUUUGCAUCCCAGUGUGCUGAGGCAAAUUAAUUCUUCUAUUUUUUAGUAAGUAUUUACCUCAAACAUUAAAUGUUUAGAUGGUGCCCUCUGUUUAACUCCCAAAACUGAAAGAUUGGACGUCAGCAUCUUCAGGCAAAUUGGACAAAUCGAACUGCUGAUAUGUGUUUUUAUAAAAAAUGUUACUACUUACAAAUAAUUAAUACGGGACAAAAAGUUAGAUUUGGAAAAGUUUUAAACCACGAUGUUUCUAAAGUUUAUCUUUCCACCACACAUUAAAUUAAAUAUUUCUUCAUCUAGUACAUAGAACUGUGUAGAAAUUACAGCCAACAGUAUUUGUACAGAAGUAUUUCAGACAGAACAGUUACCACAUGUGUGAAAUAGUCAUUAUUUGCUGAGACACUUCAGCUGAUCCCUCUGACAGUAUGAAUUUUAUUACUAGAGUUUAUUCUAAAAUGGCAUAUAAAAAGAGACUGUAUGUAAUUUAUUGCAGGCGUGUAUAUGAUAGUCUACAAAUAUGUAAAAUAUUCACCUCAAAAUGGAAAAUUCAAGGCUUCUCGUUUCUUACUGUUGGAUUUGUAGGUUUACAGUGCCCCAUAUUUUAAGGCAGAAAUAUCAGUUUGGAGAAUGUUGCUUGUGUUUCCAUUUCACCCAACAUUUUGUUAAGUUUCCACUCUCCUCCUCUCCUGGUCAUUUCUUAGCACUUCUGUUCUGUCGUUUCAGAUGAAUGUUUUAGCAAACAGCCACCAACCUCCUGUAUCACCACAGCAUGAUGGAAGCCAGGUUUGGCUCGUUAGUUUAUUUAAAAUUUGAUGUUUUCCAUUACAACAUCAACUGACAAUGUAAUUUAAUCAUAUUGCAUUUAUAUAAACCACAGUACUAUUAAUGUUUAUUGAAUGUUCGGGGCGCCAAUUUGCCCUGUAUUUAUGAUCUUUUUCUUAUAUUGUUUGUAUAUCGAUGUAAAAGAGAAUAUUAUUUGUCAGAAUUUAAGGUUGUUUUUAUUAUUUAUGGAGAGCUUAUUGUAUCUGAAUCCAAAUGUAUCGUCAGUAAUCUCAUGCGUCACUUGAGCCACGGUGACUGCAGUUACAGCUUGUGUAUCGGAGCCAAGAAUGUUAUUCAGACGUCGUGGAGAACCGUAUAGUUUCAGACCAGUUUUGACAAGCUCUGCUCGUUUUGCAGUUGUUCUGAGUUUUUGAGUUUUUUUUAAACAGUUGCUAAAAUUGUAUUUAUCUCAGUUAUCUGAUAUACUGCCCUCCAAAUGAUCCUGUUUACAAAAACAUCAGCAGUAAACAUAUCCAGAAAUGAAAGCAAACAUAUGCAUCACAAGCAAGCCACCAUAUACAUUGAUCAACGAACCACUAAACUGUAGAAGUCUAUUUAUAAAGCGUGAAAACAUUUUUUGAAAAAUUUCUAUUUUUUUUCUUCAGCGUGAACCAUUUUUGAAAUCAAAACAUGUCACGUACAAGCUGUAUCCACAGUUGCUCUGGUUACGUCAACCAAACAAUAUCAGAUAUCGGUUUCAUUUGCAACUGCUUGUUUAAUGUAGUGCUCUUUUUUUUUUUCUUUUCUUUUUUUUUUCUUCUCCGUAAUGUAUUAUUUUACUCUUUGUGUGUUAAAUCAAGAUUUGAUGUUAUUCUGUGAUUCUGUAAUAUUGAUUGUUUCAUGAGCAGCACUAGAACCGUAUUGUUCAUUUGGAAAAAGUUAGCAGGGCACAUGUUUGCAGGAAAGAGUGUACGUUUACCCACUGGAUGCUGAAGGGCAAAGCUGAAGCCUCACAGUUUGUCAUUUUAGAACAAUUGCAUCGAUUAGAUAGGAUAUUUAUCUUGUCCAUAUCCCAAUGUUGAUAGUUAAUUUGGUUAUGCUUGCUUUGCCUGAGAUGUGUUCAUAUUUUUUUUCACUAUGUUCUUGACCACAUGUACCAAGACAGCAGGCCACCUGUAAAUACCACCAUUAGAAAAUAAAGGCGACUAUUUUUCAAAGCUAUCAUGGUA